AUGGCACCUGCAGCCGCCAACAACCUGCCAGUCGUCAUUAUCACAACUGUCACAGCUUUUGUCGUCCCCCAACCUAGUGUGGCUAGUAAUGGUGGUCUUGGUGGUAAUGGCAGCGGAAAUGAUAACGGAGAACCCAGCAAUAGCCCUUCUGGAAACGGUUCCAGCAGUGUUGUUGGCAACAACGGAGGCUCUAGCAAUACCGCAUCAACCCCUUGUACGACAGUAGGUGGUGGCCAGCCUACGGACAAUGCUGGCUCUGGCUCCGGGAAUGGUUUGGGCAACGGCUCGCCUACUGACUCCAACAAUGGCGCAGGAGCAGGAAACGGUCCAGGUAACGGGCAGGGGAGCCCCGGUUCUGGCAAACCUUUAUCUGGCUACGGAAACUCUCCAGCAGGCCCUGUUACCGGAAAUCCCAGUAACGGCUCAGGUACAAGCCCCGGCACGGCCCCAGGAGCAACAAACGGCAAUGGAGCACCCGGUAGCGCUAGCCCUAACCCCUCAACUCCCGCACCUGGAGACAACGGAGGCUCAGGCUCGGGAGACCCGAACGCCGGGUCCGGCAGCGGAGCACCCGGUAACGCCGGCCCCAAAGCUGCUCCCGAAGUAUCUGGCUGGACGCAUCUUGGUUGUUUCAAAGACUCUCCCAUUCGGACCCUAGACUGCGACCCAUCCAAUUACUUCGCUGGAAGCAUGUCCAAUGAAAAGUGCAUCACACAUUGUGCUUCGAGAGGAUUCAGACUUGCCGGCACGGAAUACGGCAAAGAGUGCUGGUGUGGCAAUGCAUUCCAGCUUGCCGAACGAAUCCCCGAGGAGCAGUGUAAUGAGGUUUGCGAUGGACGUUCCACCGAUAUUUGUGGAGGUGACUGGGCUGUCACCGUCUACAGUGCUAGUGGUCAAGCUCUAAACGUGCCGUCCGAUGAUGAUUCUGGCAACGGCGCCGACAAUAGUGCUGGCAAUGGCUCUGGCGGCUCAGGUGGCUCUGGAAGCACAGCUGGCUCAGAUUCACCACCACACCCUUCCCCAGCUGGGCCGCCUGCUCCCUCGGGGACGCCUCUUCAAACACCCCCCCAAAGUCAGCCAUCCGCGCCCCCCGCGGGAAACCCACACACUACCCUUACGCCUCCACCAUCGCCCAACCCACCGCCGCAGCAGCAAAUCGACUUGGCAUCCUUGAUUGAGAGCAUCAUCAACGCUCUUCCCAAGGGAAGCCCUGAUGGUGGAUAUGGCAGCAGUGUAGGAGUAAGGAACUCCGGGGCGUCUGGCAGCAAUGGAUCUGCUGCUCCAGGUGAUUCCGGCGUUCCCGACGCCGGUAAGGAAGGUGCGCCGGUGAUGGGACCAGGCCCUGUCAUCCCGACAGAUGGACUCAGCGGUUAUGGUUCCCAGAAGCGGGAUAUGGCGGGUCGGAGCUUGAAGCGGAGUAGCAUCAUAGGUCGACGUGCGGUCGUAAAGUUCGAUGGUGCCAAAUGUGGCGACGAAGCAGGUUUGCAUGAUGACUAUGUGGUCGGAAAGGCGUGA